AUGGACAACCUCAAAACCCAUUCUGAAUAUGCUGAUCAACCUCAUGGGCCACAAGCAAAUGCCCUUUCUUUCGCUUUACCAACAGGUCAGGUCUUAGAUAGUCAUAUGAUUGGCCAACAGCACACAAAUCUGUCAUCAUUUUGGUUCUCCCUUGAGCAGCACAGGCUGCAGUUGGAUCAGGUCCUUCAACUCCAUAACGAACAGUUGCGGGUGUCACUGCAGCAGCAAAUAUCUAUGCAGAACGCAAUUCUUCUGAACCAUGUGGAAUCUGUGACAAGAGAUGUGCUGAUGCAAAAACAUGAUGAGAUAGCCAGCCUGAGAAUAGAGCUGCAGAAGAAGCAAGAGGAUCUAGAAACAACACUACAUGAUAGAGAUGAGUGGAUGAAGGUCGCUAUGGCUGCAUAUGAAAUUAAUCAGACACUUAUCCGUAUGCUUCGUAUCGUGCAGCUGGAAGCGAAUUCGCAUGUUUCAUCUAAUGAUCUAGAUGCUCCAAGUUAUAGAGGUGAAGCAUCGAGCAUGGCGAGAACAGCAGUGGAGACAACACAGCCCAAUCUGAUCUGUAAGGCUUGCAACUCUGAGGAAUCACGGUUCACCAGAUUAGGAACAGAGUCUAAGUUGCUCUUGAACAAUUGGUUGGCCAAAGUGCGCAACCUUAUUGCUCUUGGGCAGUCUCUUCCAUGGCUGCUCCAUUUCUCUUGA